ACCGAACCUCCCAAUCCUCCCUCUCCUCCCACACGCCGCCACUCACGAUGCAGCCGACGCGCAUCCUCCAGGCGCUGCGUUACCGCCGGCUGCGGCUGACGACCAAGGACGUAAACAAGGGCUUCUACAAGGGCACGCGCACAGGGUCCAUGGGCCGGCACACGAAGCACGGCGGCUACAUCAUCGACUGGAACAAGGUGCGUACCUAUGUCUGCCCGCCGCUCGACGGCUUCAAGCUCACGCCGUUCGUGACGCGCAACAUGCCCCGAACGUUUGGUCAGUACGAGACGAAGCUUGGGCCAAAGGAUCCUGCGGUGUAUCUUGCGCGAUGGAAGGCCGAGAACGGGCUGGAUUAAGGGGAUGAGCAGGUCUUGCGGUAUCAGCUAGGCUUUGGUUAGGGAAGAAAAAUCGUGGGGGAAGAAUGGAAGCCAGCGGGUCGCGGACUGACGUCCUGUCAACUGCUCUCUUGGGAGAGAUAGGGCCCAUUGUCUCAUGGGAUGGCGUUCGGCGUUUCUGAAACUUGCAUCCGUAUGUAUACAAGUAUACUACUAGUACAACCAACACCGUUUUCGUCG